CCCAGGUCCCUGCUUCUCUUAGCCAUGGCUCCAAAGCGCAAGCCCCAGGUACAGCGAGGUCCUGAGAAGAAGAAGGGGCGUCAGGGGGCACAAGAGGAGGACAGUUUCCGCUCCACUGCCGAGGCCCCACCCACAGAGAAGCGCAUAGCCUAAGUGGACCCCCUGUGCCCACUCAGCUGCAACCCUAGGACCCAGGUGCAUGAAGACUACGACUGUACCCUGAACCAGACCAACACUGGGAGCAACAAAAACAAGUUCUACAUCAUCCAGCUGCUGGAAGAAGGUGACUGCUUUAUCUGCUGGAACCACUGGGGGUGCGUGGUGAAGGUGGGCCAGUCACAACUUAGCCGCUUCAUGUCACUGGAGAAUGCACAAAAGGACUUUGAAAAGAAGUUUCGGGACAAGACCAAGAACAGCUGGGCAGAGCGGGACCACUUUGUGGCCCACCCCAGCAAGUAUACACUUAUCGAAGUACAGAGAGAGGAUGAGGCCCAGGAAGCCAUGGUGAAGGUAGACGGAGGCCCAGUGAGGACCGUAGUUCGUGGUUCACAAGUGCAGCCCUGCUCCCUGGACGCAGCCACACAGAAGCUCAUCACCAACAUCUUCAGCAAGGACAUGUUCAAGAAUGCCAUGGCUGGGCUUCCCUGGUGGCGCAGUGAGGUGAAGAAGAUGCCACUGGGGAAGUUGAGCAAGCAGCAGAUUUCCCGGGGUUUGGAGGCCUUGGAGGCAGUGGAGGCGGCCCUGAAAGCCCCCGGAGAUCGUGGUCUCAGCCUGGAGGAGCUGUCCUCCCACUUCUACACCAUCAUUCCCCACAACUUCGGCCGUAGCCAGCCCCCACCCAUCAACUCCCCGGAACUUCUGCAGGCCAAGAAGGAUAUGCUGCUGGUGCUGGCAGACAUCGAGCUGGCCCAGACCCUGCAGGCAGCCCCCGAGGAGACAAAGAAAGUGGAGGAGGUGCCACACCCACUGGACCGAGAUUACCACCAGCUCCUCAAGUGCCAGCUCCAGCUGCUGGACCCAAAGGUGCCUGAGUACAAGGUGAUACAUCCCUGCUUGGAAAAGACUGGCAGCAAGUACAGUUGCCCUGCUCUUCAACAUAGUUGGACAGUGAACCGAGAAGGGGAGGGAGAUCAGUUCCAGGCCCACGACAAGCUGGGUAAUCGGAAGCUACUGUGGCACGGCACCAACGUGGCUGUGGUGGCCGCCAUCCUCACCAGUGGGCUUCGCAUCAUGCCACAUUCUGGUGGCCGUGUUGGCAAAGGCAUCUACUUUGCCUCGGAGAACAGCAAGUCAGAUGGCUAUGUUACUGGCAUGUCCUGCGGGGCCCAUGACAUUGGCUACAUGUUCCUGGGUGAGGUGGCAGUGCGCAGAGAGUACCGCAUCACCGUCUAUGAGCCCAGCUUGAAGCAGCACCCCCCUGGCUUCGACAGUGUCAUUACCCGUGGCCACACAGAGCCUGUUCCAACCCAGGACACCAAGCUAGAGCUGGAUGGCCAGCAAGUGGUGGUGCCCCAGGGCCAGCCCAUGCCCUUCCCAGAGUUCAGCAGCUCCAGCUUCUUCCAGAGUGAGUAUCUCAUCUACCGGGAGAGUCAGUGCCGCCUAUGCUACCUGCUGGAGGUUCGCCUCUGAGCUGUCUGCCCGACCCGCCUCCCGUCCACCGCCAGGAGCUAGACCAUCAUCCUCAAUCUUCCUCCCAUCCCUGGUGCCCCCAUAUCACCCCUUCUUGCUCUCAAAUCUCCCUCCUGUGUCCAGACAGUGAUCCCCUCUCCCUCUAAUCCUUGUGGUCCUGGCAUGGCUGUGGCCUCAGUCUCGUCUCCUAAGGUGAUGGGUGUGAUGGAUUGGCAUUAUUACUGGGACACGGAUACAGCAGCCUAUUCAAGCCUGUGUAGUUAGAGGGGCACAGGCUGAGAGUGGGCGGGUCCCACAACCCCCCGGGCCAUCCACCCUGGCCCAGACUGUCCAUCCGAGAGAGGCGUGAUCACCGAGGUGGGCUGAACUUCAGACAUGCACAGGCAAGUGCACAUUGUAUUGGCUCACCCCCCUGACCUCUGUCUGUGCCAAAGCUGCACCAGGCCUGGGCCUUCUUGCUUUCCACAGUGACCCACCACACCACAUAGCAGUUCCAGCCCCACUCCAGGGAGUGACCACUCACACGGAGGACGUGGGUUGUGCACAUACUCCCACCCACCCUGGUCAGUCUACAUUGGUCACUGCAACGACUGGCCUCCUCUGAUCAUUGAGCCUCCAAAAGGGACCGUCCCCAUCAACUCAGAACUGUUGGUCAUGUGGGGACCCACCUGGUGAUUCUGUCCUUUAGCCCAGACGUGGCCAGGCAAAUCAAGCAUUCCUUGUGUCUUGGCACCAAACACCCAUGUGUGUCUUCUAUGUGAAUAUCAUAAAUGAAUUGAGAAUAUC